AUUACUUCUAAUAAGUAAUCACUGGUAGUGCUAUCACAGAGCUCCUUCACCGACAAGGUUCUAAUUUUUAUUCGUUCAUUCUUCACGUACUGAAUGUUAAUCCCCAGGAAUACAUGAAAUAUUUUACAAACGCAUAUACGGUAUGGGCCCGUGCAGAAAUCUAAAUGUAGGCCACGCAAGGUACUGACCAGUUUUCCCCACUUCUGUUGUGGGCCUCAUGGGGUAAUCUGGCAACCCCUAUACAAGAAGCCGAAAAUAACAUAGAUUUUCUAAUUCGUCAAAGACAUACAGAGUUUGACGAACUGGUUUGUUUUGAAAAGGAAGACCAUUAAUUCAAAACUAUGCCUAUAAUUUAUAAUGAAGGUAAAGAUACAAUCAUCUUUACAUCUGAAGAGGAACAUACAGCACCUAGCAAAAUUGAUCUUCCUGAUCCGGAACCCAGUCCAGGCCUCAUAUUGUCCAAUGGAGAAAUAAAUUGGAAUUGUCCUUGCCUAGGGGGAAUGGCAACAGGACCUUGUGGAGUUGAAUUCCGAGAAGCUUUUUCGUGUUUCCAUUACUCUACUUCUGAGCCUAAAGGAUCUGAUUGUUAUGAAACUUUUAAGUUAAUGCAGACUUGUAUGUCUGAUUAUCCUGCACUAUAUGGAAAUAAGGAAUCGAACGCAAAUGUCAUAGGGGACGAAACUUCUGAAAUUGUUAAGGAAAAUAAAGCAUCUGCUAAUGGAAAUAAUGUACCAAAUUUACAUACAAGCGAAGAAGUCCCACAUGUACAGAAAGACAUUAGAUCAGAAAUAGUUAAAUUCAAAAUGCCAAAUUUAAGGAAAUGAGUUCUUCCUCAAAAAUUUCCAAGCUGUCCAAAAUAUUUAUCGACUAAUCAGAAAGGAACGAAAAUCUCCAUUGCUUUUCAUCGUGCACGAAGAAACGAUAUAUUUGAAAAUAUGCCCAUCGUUGAAAGUUCUCGGAAUUAUGGUGGACAGAAAAGGCAACCAGUUUUCGUCUGGAACCCGGUAACAAGUGUUGAAUUUAGAAAAAUUAAGAAUUUGUAUUUCUAGGAAUACGCGAUUUUUCCUCCAUCUAAAAAUCCCCCAACGGGAACAGAAAAAUUGCAAAUCCUAUUCCUCUCAAUCGGCUUAGUAAAAUUUAACGAAAGCAUUUAUUUAACCUAUUUUUCAUUAUUAAAUCUUUUUAUAACUUUUGAAAAUUGCAUAUAAUAUCGUACCAUCUCGCUUAUUAAAGAGAAGUUACACCUUCAUUCUUCAAUCAUUAUCUUCUUAAGUCAUUUUUUUCAUUAUAUUGUGAUUAUACAAAUUAACUGCCUCAUGAAUGACAGGCGAAAUACAAAUUUUGUUAAAAAUAAUAACUCUUUAAAUAAUUUAAUAUUUGCUUCUAAAUACUUGAAGAUUUAUCACUUAUCUUUAUGGUCACGCUGUUGUAGCGUAACGCUUGCGUUCGUUCGGUCCGCCAGGAAAAAAAGUAAGCAAAGUGAAUAAAGUUAAAGUAAACGUUUAUUUUCAAUAGAAAGUUCACAAUGGGAUAUCUCGAGCUAUUCUACGUUCUCAAAAGUUUAGGGAUUGUCGAAAAUGCAUGAAGACUGCAGGCGGUAAGUGUAGUACUGAUUGCCGAAGAGAGUCUCCUACUCAUGACCUAUCGGGAUGGAAAGUAGCGCGGUACUGCUGUAACUACGCUGUCGAUAGUUGUGCAAAUAUUGAUUAUCACUUCGCAUCGCAUGAGUAGAAUCACGCGAGUUACGUGCGUAGCGUUUAUGACAGCUACCUUGAUUUAGCUGCUGAAAAAAAAGAAAGUAUGUUCUCCAAAUAUAAUAAAAAUUAUAAUUUUGUGGACAUCACAGGGGUACACUCAUGAUAUUAAAAAUUUUACUUAAAUAUCACAUAAGCAUACUAUUUGAUGUGAAGGUUCUUUU